CACAGUGCUUACUUGCACCCUUUGCGAGACGCUGCGUGCACUAUUGACUACUCUCUCUCUCUCUAAAUCUAUCAACAAUCUUUAUCAUUCACUGAUCAUCCCUCUUUCAGACAAGCACAAUUCAACAGUGAAUUAAAGGGUUUCUUUUUACUUAAAGCCUUGUGGAGGGUGUGUAUUGAGAGGGAGAGCCCGGAGAGAGAAAGGGAAAUACCCCCAUCUCUAAUGGAAGUUUAAUUGAUGAAUCUUGUCUUUAGAGAGACGAGCCAAACAGAAGAAACAACAAGUACUACAAGUUCUUCUCUAGGAUUUUGAUGUAAACAAACAAAACAAAAGAUAAUUCUGAUAAAGUUCUUGGCGCAAAAUCCGGGAGACCCUAUUUUUCACGCCAAGAAAAGAAGAGAGAGAAACGAGACCAUAUUUUCAUAGAGAUAGUUUGAGAGAGGAGAAAUAUAUAAAAUGGAGGGAAGUGGUGGAGGAAGUAGCAGUGAUCAUCAUGGUGCAACAGCUGCCAGUUUGAUGAGUUUUAGAGGAAAUAACGUGAGUACUGGUGGUGGUGGUAGUAGAAGUAAUGGUCUUUCAUCUAUGUUGAUGGUGAUGGCUCCUCCACCUCAUCACCAUCCUCAACCUAAUUCUUCAGAAAUGGUUAACAACAACGACACUCUGUUUCUUCCUCUCUCUUCAAAUAACAACAACCAAAACUUAGGAUCUUCUUAUCAUCAUCAUCUUCAGAUGUAUGGUGAUCAUGACAAUGACAAACACGCAGCAGCUGGCUAUUACUUCAUGAUGAAGCACAACAAUAUUGAUAAGCAGCAUGACAACACCAGUAGUAGUUCUUUCAAAAGAGCUAAGAUCAUGGCUCAUCCUCACUACCUUCGUCUCUUAACUGCCUACAUCAACUGUCAGAAGAUUGGAGCACCAGCUGAAGUGGUCAAAAAGUUAGAGGAAAUAUUUGCAUCAGAGGAGAGCAGGAUGAGUAGUAGUAGUAGCAGUGGUGGUCUUGGAUCCUUAGGAGAAGAUCCAGGUCUUGAUCAGUUCAUGGAAGCUUACUGUGAGAUGCUUUCAAAAUAUGAACAAGAACUUACCAAACCUUUCAAAGAAGCCAUGAUUUUCAUCUCUAAUAUUGAAGCUCAGUUGAAAAACCUUACCAUUUCUACUUCUUCGGAUCAUCAUUCUGGUCGAAAUAACGAAUCAUCCGAGGAAGAUUUUGAUGCUAGUGAGAACUUCAUAGAUCCUCAAGCAGAUGAUAAAGAAUUGAAAAUUCAGCUUUUGCGCAAGUAUAGUGGAUACCUCGGCAGUCUAAAGCAGGAGUUUUUGAAGAAGAGAAAGAAAGGGAAACUACCUAAGGACGCAAGGCAACAGUUAAUGGAUUGGUGGACUAGAUAUUAUAAGUGGCCCUACCCAUCGGAGACACAGAAAUUAGCGCUGGCAGAGUCGACAGGGCUUGAUCAAAAGCAGAUAAACAACUGGUUCAUAAAUCAAAGGAAGCGGCACUGGAAACCGUCAGAGGACAUGCAGUUUGUUGUGAUGGAUGCAGCUCAUAUGCACCCUAGUCAUCAAUACUACAUUGAUAACCUCCUGACGCCUAAUCCUUUCUCAAUCGACUACUCAUGUGCACCAUCAUCGUUGAUGUGAUCUUCAAGAUAUCGAUGAUCAUAUUUCUUAUAGACUAUAUAUAAUAAUAUAUAAAAUAUUAUCAAGUACGAUCCAUUUUAUUUGGUGUUUAAAACUACGUAACUGCUAUAAGGAUAUAAACAACUGUUCCUAAUCUGGAUUUUAUGCAUUUGGCUGCUUUAAUAUC